AACCUUAUUGAACACGUGCAGAAGAACAUGCGUAGUUUAAUAUCAAGUUUGUUACAAACAAGAAGAUUGUUUUAUGAAUAUUGUAAACCUUGUACAAAUAAUGUAGUAACAUAUUUUCAAUUAAGAAAAAUUACAGAAUUUUCAAAUAAUUGUCAAAAACAUUUCACUAAUGACAAAAAUAUAGAAAACCAAUCACAUAACCUUUUCGACUCAGUUACUGGCACUCAUAAAGCUUUUGAAGAUAAAGAUGCAGAAAUUAUUUUUGAUAUCCAUGAAAAAGAAGAAGCAAUUAAUUUGGAAGAUUUGAGAAUUAAUGAGGAACAUUAUGAUCCUUAUGAAGGAAUAAAUUUAGAACGUGGCAUAAAUGGUGUAUUUGAAAUAGAGGAACUUGUAUUGUUGCUACAAAAAGAUAAUGCCAAAGAUAUCUUCGUAGCUUCAGUGCCUUCUGAAAUGUCAUAUGUUGACUACAUAGUUGUAGUCACAGGUAAAUCUUAUAAGCAUAUGACAACACUUGCUUUUUUCAUCCGUAAAAUAUAUAAAUUAAAAAAACACAAAACAGAUAUGUCACUAAGAAUUGAUGGGGAGAAGUCAAAAGAUUGGAUAGCUUUAGAUUUAGGGAAUAUUGUUUUGCAUAUUUUUUCACAUUCUGCGAGAUUGUUUUAUGAUUUAGAAACAUUAUGGUCAGUUGGUCCUGAUUAUGAUGAUAAAUGUAAAAGUACUACUGAAGAUAUUAUGGAACAAUAUAAUACAUUUUUGUCUGAUUUAGAACCAAUUGAGAAUAAUAGCAAGAAUGAAAAUAGUAAAAUGUGUGAAAAUCGCCAAUUACAAAAGUUUUGUAAAUGA